AUGGGAGACUCUAAACACCUAAUCCGCGAGCACAUCAUUGAUCAAAUCCCAAGGAUCAUCUUCGAACUCCUCCAAAAGGUCGAUUCAACUGCCAUCCGGAUCUUGGGUGAUACUCCCACCAGCGUCCUCGAUCCUGGGGAUUAUCUGAAAUCUAUACGUCCAUUUGUAUCCAAAAUUCAGGAUUGCGUUCAUGAAUCUUACCCAGAGUACAAGACGUGCUUCCUAUCUGUCAACAUAUACCGCGGCAAACACUCCUAUUUCGUGGUAGAUGUCAACAAUAUCGACUAUGACUAUGAGACUGCUCAUACUUGCAAGACGCCCAUCCCGGUCUAUGUCCUUCGCCUGUCGAAGAGAAAGCCGACGCUUCAUAGAACAACAGCGCUGGAUGAGCAGCUCGCUGAAACACUGGCAGAUAUGCACAAUGGACAUGGUCGGGAUCCUCUGCCUUUGUUUGAUGAUUAUAAUGACCCGAAUAUUCAAUACCGCAACCCACGCAGCCUUCAGCGUUGA